AUGUCUCUCCUCCAGCCGAUUCUCGACUGCAUCUUCGGAGCAAGCCCUUCCACCACUACCAUCACUAACAACACCACUGCCUCCCGCUCGCCAGAGAGCAUUGCAUCGGACAUCGUCACCAAGAUUCUAAGCGCCGACUCCCCCUACACCCUCCACAAGGAACUCCAAGACGAAGUCUCCACCACGGGCUGGACCGAAGCUGUCGCCAAAGCUACCCUCCAAGGCCUCGAUAACGCCAUAAAAGCCGGUGCGAAGAUGGCCAAAGCGGCAGCGGACGCUCUAGGCCAGGCCAAAGACGCCGCUCUCGAAUUCAGCACCGAGCACCCAUAUUACACCACUUUGAUUGCCCUCGGUGUCCUGGCUGUGUUGAUGCCCUGGAUGCUUGAGGUCCUUGGUUUCGGGGAGCUGGGACCUAUCGAGGGAUCGUUUGCGGCGUGGUGGCAGAGGAAAUAUGCGGGAGAGAUACCGAAACGUGCGUUGUUCACCUAUUUCCAGCGUUUGGGGAUGAAGUGGCAUUGGCUUUAG